CGUCGAAGCUCUCGUAUCACGUAUCACCAAAUAUCCACCCGCCAGCUUCUUCUUGUAUCAUACUAUUCAUACUUAUGCUUAUGCUCAUACUCAUACUCAUACACUCAUACUCAUGAAGACAAUUCAAGCUUGAAGCUUGUUCUUACAAUACGUUUUCAACAUCUUUCAGGAUGGGGUUCGACAACUUCAUGCUCUACCUCGAUGAGACUAUUACAGGUGUUCUCAGUGACUGGGACAUUUAUUCCACCUUAAUUAUUACGGCUCUCAUCGGCUUCUUUGCUUUCAAGGUUAUAACAUCUCGCGAUCCGGAUUCACAUCCUAUGCUCUUGGCCCGUCAAUCACAAGCAUCGUCAGUUAGACAAGAAGGACAAUCUGCCAUCUUCAGAAAUCAUGCUGCUCCUCAUGGCAUGCCACUCAACUCAGGGCUUCAUGUUAAAGACCCUGGUGACUCGAAAUGGACUCCAGGUCGCAAUGGUGAUUUAAGGGAUAUAUGGCGCAGGGCUGUCACUGGAGCUGUUGACAGAGAAGGGAAAGAGACUGGAGAAAUCGGUAACAUCAUGACAAUAUAUGGUUCCGAUAAACUUGUUACUCACAAGCUUGGUUUGUGCAGCUUCGUUGAGGAUUAUUAUUUUCACCUUACUGACUUUUAUGCAGCCGAUGUUACUCGUCAGAUCAAUCUGAUUGGCCAACAUAUUAAGCAGAAUGGAGGAAACAACAUUGCCAUAUAUUUACCAAACUCUAUCGAAUACCUUGCAGCAUUGUUCGCUUGUGCAUUUUACGACCUCAAUGCGAUACUCUUACCAUAUGACGAGUCUCCCGAAAGUUUACUAGAAUUAAUAAAAAGGGCCAAAGCGGAUACAGUUAUUGCUGCUGUUGGUUCUUUUCCGUUUGAUGUGGUAGCUAAGUCCUAUCCAGCUUUGCAGCAAAUGAUAUGGGUGGUGGAUGAUGGCAGCAAGCAUAUGGACUGGAAUGAAGUACCGAAAGGCACUGGAGGAGCAGUGAAUGUUUCUACCUGGCAAGAGAUUCUCCAAGAUCAGGAGGCUCAUGCAGGUUCCGAGCUACCUGCUGUUGGCAAGACUGGCAAGGAACCUAACAAGGUUGUUGCAUUCUGGCCUAACGGAGAACUUGUGGAAUUCACUCAAUCAGUAUUGGUAGCCGGAGUGUCGGGUCAACUGGCCUCCAUACCCACGGUUCAGCGUAUUACAUCUAAAGACCUCUUUCUCUCCGCAGAACCUUUGUCAUUGAUCUACCCUUUGAUCUUAACCCUUUCAGCACUUUACUCAAACGCUUCCAUAGCCUUGACGUCUGUUUCCAUCAAGGACCCUGAUCUCGUCCUGGCAACAAAGGGAACAUCACCAACAAUUGUUGUUGCCUCGUCCACCACCCUUGCGAAGCUUCAUGCCGAAACCAAGGACAACCUAACUUCAUCACUCUAUCAAGUCGUUCACUGGUUUCAAACUCAGUCUUUAGUACAGCAUGGUGUUAUGCCUAUCGCCACUGUCUUUUCCCGCAUGUACGAUCACCUUCUUCCAAUCAUUGGCACAACACCCGGCAAGCUUCGUCUAAUUUACGUUUCGGAACCCAUUGGCGUCCCGUCAACACCCUUAAGCGCCGAAAUGCUCUCAGAUCUACGUAUCUACACAGGCUCAAGAAUCAUUUACGCUCUCACUGCGUCAAAGGUAGCAGGUGCUGUAUCACAAACCGGUAUUUAUGAUUACAGAGUAGACGAUGGUUCGGAGAAAUACUCGCACUUUGGAGCACCUCCACCAUCCGUGGAGAUCUUUUUGAAGGAUACCAAGGAGUACCAGACUUCUGAUACAUCCUCCGUCGGAGAGGUAUAGUCACCCUUUUUCGUCCCUUUCCAUCCGUUUGUCUUGUUUCACAAGUAAACAUCUACUAACAAUAGACAAUAGAUCAUAGUAGGAGGUCCUGCCGUCGCGGGAGGAGAAGCACACUUGGGUAUUGCAGGGAAGAUAAAACCAGACCACACACUCGCCCUACUCUCAUAAUAUCGUGUAGUGUUUAUUGUGCAUAUUGAUCGAACCAUCCAUACCAUAUUUAUCUAUCAUGUCAAAUAAAAGCUAUAUUCAUAAUCAAACUCCUAGCUAUCCGAAACCAUCAUAUUUCAGGUUCAUUAUCAGUACUGUAU